AUGCUCACGUACUUCCCCUACUGGGACGUCUCCUGGCUGGUGGCCAUCUCGUUCACCCUCGGAAGCGCCGUCUGGGUCGUCAACGGCUUCUUCUCCCUCUUUCCGCUCCUGAACCCGGCGAUCCGAUUCCCGGGAGAGGUGCUCUACGGCGGCGGCAUCACGGCCUUCAUCGGAGUCGCGGUCUUCGAGGUUGGGAGUUGCCUCGGGCUCCUCGAAGCGGUGAACGCGAACCGAACCGGCUGUUUCGGCUGGGCGGUUGCCCAUCUCUUCUCCCCCGUCGGCGGCUCAGCAAGCACCAUCAGCCCCGACAGGGAAGGCUGCACCCACCACCAUCAGAACCGCUCCAACCUCGUCGGCCGUCCGCACUCCCAAGAUCCAGAUCCCACCCCUGAAGAAGGCCCCCGCGCUUGGGUCUGGUUCCCUUCCCCCCACGAUUUCCACGCCAGAUACUCCCACGACCUCGGCUUCCUCGCCUCGGCCCUGCAAUGCCUCGCCGCGACCGUCUUCGCCGUCUCCGGCUUCGUCGCCCUGCCGGGCAUCCUGAACCACAUGUCCGCAAGUCUCACGGACGCCCUCUUCUGGACGCCGCAGCUCGUCGGCGCCGCGGGCUUCAUCGCUUCCAGCCUGCUGUUCAUGCUGGAGACGCAGGCGCGGUGGUGGCGGCCGGCGGUGGGCACGCUGGGUUGGCAUGUGGGCAUGUGGAAUCUGGUGGGUUCCGUGGGCUUCGCGCUGAGUCCUGGGUUUGGGUAUGAUGCCGCGCCCGGGCCGCAGUUUCAGGCGGCUUUGUGCACUUUCUGGGGUGAGUGGGGUGAUCAAAGGUCGUCUGGUUUGUGA